CGCCGGGCGUCGCUACGUGUCCGUCACACGUACAGUCGGUUUAAAUCAACGACUGAAUGCAGCAGCUCAUGCAAAUGCGCGGUGUGUCGAAUGUGAAGAAGCAGUAGGUGGGUGCGCCAUGUUGAAAGAGUCGGCGGCACGCUGGACUCGCAGUUCGUGACCGCCUCCAGCCUCCAGCCUGGCUUGCGCACCAGAGGUGGUGGACCAUGCCCGUGAGCGUGAGCACGGGGUCACUCGGAGAGCCUCGCGCCAAGCGCUGCAAGCACUGCGACGAGUCCAGUCAUAGAAACGAGUCAGGGUCAGGCUAUUGGCAAUUGCACUUAGAUAGAGACUUGGUAGAAACCAUAUCCGCGAUCUAUCCGGAGUGGUUCAAGACGAACAUGGCCGAGGGCGGCACGCCCCCUAGGGAGUCGCCCCCGAAGGCGAUCGUGGACUCGUCGCCCAUAUUAAAUUCCUUGGAGCAAAACAAGGAAUCUUUGAAGGUAAAACUGAUGCUGCGCCGACCUCUAGAGCAACUAGUCGACCAGGGCAUUAUGCCACCGUUGAAAACGCCGGGGGCUUUCCACGGUCAGCGACGCCAAUUGGAGAGGGCGAAGACUGGAGAUCUGCUUAAGAGCAAGAUCCAACAGCGGCCAUCGCGCACCGAGCUGGAAAGCCGUCAUAUUUUGGAGCCUGAUCCUCAUGUGGAUCCUAGUCUCGCCGACAAACAGCGCAAGUUGAAGAAGGCGCGGCUCGCAGAUCAGCUAAACGUACAACUCUCGCAUAGGCCGGGCCCGUUAGAGUUGAUACGCAAGAACAUCCUUCAUACUGAAGAGCCCAUUGAGCAUGCUGUUAAAGCAGGACACAUUCCGUACCGCGCCACCUGCGAGGGCCAGCUUAACCGCCCCCAGCAGCCGCUCAGCUAUGUCAACCCCGAGGACGACUCGCAGUCUUCCGAGGACAAUAGCACUAGCCCUGGACCGGCGGACGUGCUCGAAACUGCAGCCAAGUCCGCCGGUAUUGUGGUAUCCCUUAUUUCGGCCCCUGCCGACGCGGUGGUAGUGGCUACAUCGACCGGUCAGCUCGCCACCCUCGCACCACUUAAAACAGACAGUAGUGACAUUGUGUUUGCGGAUCUUUGUCGGUCCGUGGCGGCGCCAUUGCUCACUCAGGCGUCAGCAGCUAGCCCGGCAUCCCUCGUGUCUUCCACGUCGACACUUAGUCCUCUAUCUUCCAUUGCGUCUCCCGGCCCAUCAACUCUCUCGCAGCCGACGACGCCCGGUCCGCCAUUGCAACUUGUCACGCAGCGCCCGCUUGCUGCAGCGGCCACAAACAUCGUCGCGCAACUGCCGCAAGUGCGAACAGACGCGCCCGGCAAAGACAAGAAUCGCAAAAAAUCCAAGUCUAAAGCGAUACCGAAAGCGCGCACCAUCAAAUUCCAUGAGUACAAAGGUCCGCCCAGCGCGCAAAAGUCCUCGGCAAGUACCUUUCCCGGAGCUGAGGGAGAGAGCUCCUAUCAACUUCUCCUAGAACAGCAACAACUGUUGCUCCAGUACCAACUUGAACAUAGCAAGAACAAUAAACUGUGCUUGAUUCUGCCCGCGCAAACGUCUAGCGAUGUGACGGCUAACAAUGGCCAUUCCGCUACACCAGUAGCAGCGACAAGUGCAGUGAUUAAAUCCGCCCCGGCAACGAGUCGAUUCUUAGGUCGACUGGAGGAUAUGAAAGUCACGGAUCUGAAAGCGGAACUGAAACGACGCAGCUUACCUGUAUCCGGCUCUAAGCCGCAGCUCAUCGAGCGUUUAAAACCUUUUGCCAACGCCACAGUGGCACAAUCGCCGGCGAAUGGCGUCAAUUCUACGGCGACCACAAGUUGCGAUUCGUUUCAGGAGAUUGAGGCGUCACAUGAUUCGCCGAUGUAUAAUGUCGAUACAGCUUCACCGCAGACGAUUGCUUCCGAAGAACAAUCUGAACAUAUGGAUGUCAAUGAGUGCGAACCUCCCAGCCCGGCCAUGUCGCUCUCUCAGCAGGCGAUUGAGACUCCCGAGUCGCGGGAAGUGAUUAGUCUACAACAGCGUCGGAUAGAAGAACUAGAAAGGCAGUUGCGACUGCAUAAGCAGAAGUUGGAAGCGGCUACUAAGACGCAAUACGUGCAGCUGCUGGAGCGAAUACAAUCGCUGGCGGCACAGCAGAACGCCGAAGUUGAACAAAAAAUGCAGCAGCAACAGCAGCAGCAUGUCGCGUUUCAGAAUCAAAAGAAUCAGGCGGACGGUUCACUUCUCCUCAGCCAGCUUAUUCCUGACAAAGUCAAGCUCAUCAACGGCCACAAUCGAUCCAACUCUUUACCCAACUUCUUCCAAACCGUGGCGCAAACACAUAUGAAACCCGAACAACAUGAUAUUAAAUCGCCUCCAGCGCCACCACUCUAUGAUGAUACCUUACUGCCUAAGAUGCUCAAGAAAAAGGACGCCGUAAAGAGUCAGGAUGUGGACGACGUUCUUGAAAUUCUAAUCAAAAGCGGGGAGCUGCCGCCGAGUGCCGCGCAGGACCCACUUACGCCAGGCAAUGUCAUCAAAGCCGAACAACCUGUCUUUUCCGGAAUGGAAUUUCCUAACCACAUCGUUACCAAUCCGCUGCAUCACCAACAACAACAGCAAAUCUUUCAGCAUUUGCUCCAACACCACCCGCACCCGCCGCCAUUGCAACCGCAGCAGGAAACUGCCGAGAGUAUACUCGGCCUAGACGCUAAUGACAUUCUGCAUCACAUCGACAUUGAUGAUUUUAUGGAGCUAUGCGGGCAGCACAACAACAUCAAUAACAACGCAGCUGCCAUGGACAACGCUAACGCAGACGUUUCUAUGGAAACGGACGACGAGUGGUUGGACCUGCUGCAGAGCGGACCUACUGUGGACAACUCUUUCGCGAAUGCGAAUGGUAUGCCCACGGUUGCAACAACGAACAAUAAUUUGCCGGACGUCACGCCUAGCCAGGAGUUGGGCUAUGAUCCGGUGAUCGCUAUAGGACAGAAUCCGCACGACCCUUUCAAUCUCGACGAAUUUCGAUCGCCGCCGGAUUGGGACAGGCUAGAUUUUGCCGUGUAGCACGCUGUGUGCUGGCAGCUGACAUCCGCCUAGCAAUCGAUUUAGUUCUGGAAACAUUUAAUUGCGCCGUCGAAUGACAAGUUUUUCAAUCAAGUGCCGCUUAUUCCAGUGAUGUGUGAUUCCACUCGGUUUAGUGAUUUUACAUACAGAACAGACAUUCCAUGUUAAUGCGGCCGCCGAGAAGCCGCAGGGCAGAGGGACCAGGGCGGCCUCGCAUUCGAAAACAAGAACGAUUACCCUGAGUAAAAGGCAGCGAAACUCGAAGCGCAGUGAAUGUUCAUAGACAAUAUUAAUACCAUAUUAGUGCAGAUGGCAAAGAUAUUUUUCCGACCGUUUUUGUUCGAUAGCUAUAGUUCUCUUUUUCAUUUCCCCUUGUGGAAGCCAUCAGCGGCUUUUACAACUUUUCCAAUCUUUUCACGCGCGGCAUUAGUACGCGUCGGCUUCAUUCUCGGGCAGUCUGGUGCCUCAUUACAGAAUCAACGUCGCUCACUGGUUUUGACAUGCCUCGCGUAAUUAGUAUGCUGCUCCUCCACCAAAGAACGUCAAACGCAAAAUUGAGCAAUCACACUUUCAUUCCCUUGCCGUGUUAGACAUUCACUGCGGCAUUAACGGACGCGACUUAGAACUAAACUUAUUAUGAGAUAGCAAUACACAGUUAGAUUUUUCUUUUAUGAUUUAUUAAUAUGGUCGAGCGAUGUAACUAAUAACGCCCUGUCGUUGUUUAGCUAGUUAUCGAUGAUAUCGACAAAGCAGCGUAUGGUUGCGCGUGAUUUACGCGGCUUGUUGAUGCUUUUGCUGGUCAUUGGCGAAUCAAUAACUACUUUGCGUGGUGGCGUAUUCCAGGAACGCACACAUGUCCCGCCACUGCGAGAUAUUAAGUAGCUAGAAUACGAGAGAUGAGACCAAUUAGUGAAAUCGACGUAGUAUGUGAAUUCUACUUUUCAUUCGACUGCAUUGCCUGUAUUCGACUACCUAAUUUAUUCGUACUGUUUGUAUUAUAUCCUAAUUUACGCCCUAAUUUAUUUAAGUUGCUGAUUUUUGUUUCAUGGUGAUUUUAAUAUUAGGAUUAUAUAGGCGCGUAAGUAAUUUAGUGAUUCGAUGAAUAAUACUACUACUACUAAUAAAUACUACGAUAAAAUAUAGUGAGCAUGAAAACAAUAAGUAAGGAAGUGAGCUAUUAUUAUUAUUACUACUAAACGUGAUGGAACGCCGAUGCUAUGUGACGAAUUGCAAUUUUAUUGAACGGAUCGUGAGAAUAUGAAAAUUAGAUUUUGCAUUGUCUACAUUUGUGCUGCAAGCACUCAUUUAGAAAGAACGUAUUUUCUAUUAACCAUUGCAAUUGGAAUGAAAAGGGAAGGAGAAAGUAAUGCGUACAGUGUGUGUACAUAUGAAUAAACAAAGUUGCCUUAAAUACAA